GAGGGGACCGAGGCGGCGGCGGCGGCCAUGGCGACCCCCGGUAACCUGGUGUCCUCGGUCAUCGCGAGCAAGACCAAGACGAAGAAGAAGCACUUCGUCGCGCAGAAAGUGAAGCUGUUCCGAGCCAGCGACCCGCUGCUCAGCGUCCUCAUGUGGGGGGUGAACCACUCGAUCAAUGAACUGAGCCAUGUCCAGAUCCCUGUAAUGCUGAUGCCAGAUGAUUUCAAAGCAUAUUCCAAGAUAAAGGUGGAUAAUCACCUUUUUAACAAAGAAAACAUGCCGAGUCAUUUCAAAUUUAAGGAAUACUGCCCAAUGGUUUUCCGUAACCUGAGAGAAAGGUUUGGAAUUGAUGAUCAGGAUUUUCAGAAUUCCUUGACAAGAAGUGCACCACUUCCAAAUGACUCCCAAGCACGCAGUGGAGCGCGAUUUCACACUUCUUAUGACAAAAGAUACAUCAUCAAAACGAUCACAAGUGAAGAUGUGGCUGAAAUGCAUAACAUCCUUAAGAAAUACCACCAGUACAUUGUGGAAUGCCAUGGAGUUACCCUUCUUCCUCAGUUUUUGGGCAUGUACCGGCUUAAUGUUGAUGGAGUGGAAAUAUACGUGAUCGUCACAAGGAAUGUGUUCAGCCACCGUUUAUCUGUUUAUAGGAAAUAUGAUUUAAAGGGUUCUACUGUGGCUAGAGAAGCUAGUGACAAAGAAAAGGCCAAAGAACUGCCAACUUUAAAGGACAAUGAUUUCAUCAAUGACGGCCAAAAGAUUUAUAUUGAUGACAACAACAAAAAAAUAUUUCUUGAGAAACUUAAAAAGGAUGUGGAGUUUCUUGCCCAGCUCAAGCUCAUGGACUAUAGCUUGCUGGUUGGAAUCCAUGAUGUUGAGAGAGCAGAACAGGAAGAAGUAGAGUGUGAGGAAAACGAUGGUGAAGAGGAAGGGGAAAGUGAUGGGACCCACCCUAUUGGAACUCCUCCAGACAGUCCAGGAAAUACACUCAACAGCUCACCGCCCUUAGCUCCUGGUGAAUUUGAUCCAAACAUCGAUGUCUAUGGAAUAAAAUGCCAUGAAAAUGCCCCUAGAAAAGAGGUCUAUUUUAUGGCCAUUAUUGACAUUCUUACUCAUUAUGAUGCAAAAAAGAAAGCUGCCCAUGCCGCAAAAACUGUUAAACAUGGCGCUGGUGCAGAGAUCUCCACCGUGAACCCCGAACAGUAUUCUAAGCGCUUCUUGGACUUUAUCGGCCACAUUUUGACGUAACCUCCCAUGUUGCCCAGGGGACGGACAGACAUGAGAUGUGGGAACACAGCGGAGCUGGCUUCAGAUAAGGAAAAAAUGGAAAUGGAACUCAGUGACAUGCUCUUCUUGCAGAAAAGCAAGCCUCCUCACGUUUACCUCCUCAGGCCCAGAUGACGGACUAGGGGGCGACUUGCUCUAACAGCUACCUGAUAUUUUCCAGCAUAGCUCUAGCUACUUCUGACUUUUGUGUGUGUGUGCAUUUAAAAAAAAAUUAAAUAUAAUUAAUUAAUUAAAAUAGAUUAGCUUCACUCAGAACAGGUUGCAGUCGCAACUUUCUGAUACAGCUAGCUGUGGUGGAGUGAAUGAGUGAAUGAGAGGGGGGAAGGGAGACUCAGAUGCAUGUCAUACCGGCCAUGUUGGCGGCAAACUAAACUGUGGAUCAGUUUAUUUUUUGAGUUGAAAGACAUGAGACAGUAUUCAUAAUAAUAAUGAUAAUAAUAAUGAUGAUGAUGAUUUUAAAAACCAACCAACCAACAUACCGCGAAUGUUACACUUGCGCUCCGCACGCUGACACUCCUUAAUAACUGUAACAUUAACCCUUGGCACCUGAUGGGGUCAGCGUCCCCCAUCUUUGCCUUUGCACUGUUUUGCCUCAAGUACAUCAUGUCAAAACUUCCAGCGUCAAGGAGCUACUUCUCUCUCCUAAUGGGAGGCUGAUGCCGUAGUCGCUCUGUCAGUUACAUUUUCACCUCAGUAAAUUAUGUCAAGGAAAAACGCUUCUUCUCUUUUAUUGCCUGAAGCUUCUCCAUUGUUACACUCUUCUAUUGCAACAUAGGAAUUAAUGCUACAUGGAAAAAAUAGCUUUGGGGGGGGGGGAACUGCAUAGUUUUGGGCAAUAGUAUCAUCUUCCAACUUGAGGGAAUGAACAAAGUGAUAGAAAUCUCAAUUCUCCUGUUACAGAAGGAAAACAAACCUAAAAUUUUAAAAUGCUUCUGUUUUUGACCGCUGUUUAAGCGGUGUAUUUUGUUAUAAAUUAUCCCUUUCAUGGAAACCUUCAAUUUUACUGUUUACAUUAUUAGGAAAACAGGGAUACUUUUGAAUCUAAAAUUUUAUGUACAGUAUGUGAUUUUUUGAAGUUUACAUGUAAAGUUAUUUUGCAGCAUAGAUGAAACAAUGUUUGCAUUUCAUGAGGUGUAUCAUUCAACAAUGUACCAGAAUUGAUAGAUCUUCCAGGUCCACAGGAGAUAAGUCUUUUACAAUAAACUACAAAAGGCCAUUCUCUUUUUGUUUCCUCUCCAAAUGUUCUUUUAUCAACUGGAUAAUAUUUUUUUCAAAUGUUUCUCCCAGAUCUGUCUGUACAAAAUCAUUGCCUAAAACUGUGCUGACUGCAUUUAAUCAUGUUAAAAAACAAAAACCUUCAACAUUGAUCAUGUUUCUCCCAGCUUCCCUGCAUCCUCUGAAAGGCACCAAGCCAAAAAAAAAAAAUUAGUUUUGUUUAAAGGAUGUUAUUAACUCAUACACUGUGUGGAAGCUGUGCCUUCAAAACUCUUUGUUUAAGUCAUGAGAUGAUUUUUUUUGGUAGGUAUUUUCAGGGGGGAAAAAAAAUCACACCCUUCGAUGAUUACUCCAGUCUGGCAGGAUGCCUUUUCCAGUAAUGUUAACAUUAGUGCUCUUCCGACUGCAACUGGGCAUGGCGUAUAUAGGGUUCACUUCAGAGAAACACUGAAAGGGCUGAAAUCAGAGCAUCUCCCAGAGCCCAAGGCAGCGCAUCCCCAUUGCCGUCUACUGAUUUUUACAUAGUUUUGUUACCCUCGUUGGAGGAAAUUAACACCACUGUAAUAUAAUUGUACAAAUCUAUAUUUUAUGUAUUUAAAUGAAUGGAUACUGUGAUUAGAUUCUUAAUCUGGCAUCAGACCCAUUUUAUUUUUUUUAACCUGCCAUGGUUUCCCAUGGUAGGAAGCUGCGAAGAGAAAAACCCUGAAGUUAAGAUGUGGUACCCAAACAACAUUUGAAUAGCUUUUCUUCUUUGCGGCCAACCUGUUUAUGCUUUUUAAGGUUUAAAAAAAAAUGCCUCUUUUUUUUGGUCUAUAACAGUCUUUGUCUUUCAUUGCUAAUCAAUAAACUGUUUAUUUGGACAAGGUAAGGAAGUGCACAUUGUAUCUCCUAGUGCUAAUACUCCACUCCAAACAUGAGCAAGGCUUUAUACAAUAAAGCACUUUGAUCACUCUCAA